AUGCGCAUGCCCAUCAUCGUUUUCGAGUGCAGAUUCCAGCCUGUGAACCUGUUUGUUCUUAUAAAUUCACCAUCGCGGGUGUGUUGGAGGCCUGAUGAGGGAAGAGACAGGCUAGCCAGGCCAGGAUACCCCCCUGAGCCGUUCCGUGAGCUCGGCUAG